UAUCUAUUGUAAACAUUCGGUCAAGGUCGUGACUUUUCUAUCAAUACCUGAUUGGCACCUGAAUAAGACUGAUCGCUUGAGCUGGUACCCUACACAAUCACCACCCUUGCAAGCAAGCUUUGAAUUAAUUUCUGACAUCCGACAGGAGGAAAGUAAACGAAAAUGAAGCUGACUUUGGUCUUUCUGAUUGCUAUUGGUAUCGCAGCAAUUGCUGCAAAACCAAUUGACAAUGAGCAAACCUCGGAGGUGUCUGUUGUGAAUGAAGAUGAGGCCGAGAAAAGAGAAGCGCUUCCAACCAAAACCGACGAUGAAGACGAGGAAGAAGGCGAGAAAAAAGACGAUAAGAAGAAAUUCGCGAAACAAAUGCCACCUGCACAGCAACCGCCUCAGCAAGCACAACAGCCUCAACCAGGUCAGCCACAACCACAAAAGCCAAAUAAAGGCAAAGAUGAUGAUGACGAUGAAGAAGAUGACAAAAAUGAUGACGACGAAGACGACAAGGAUGAUGACAGCGAGGAUGGUGAUGAUGGCGAGAAGAAAGAGGACGACAAAGAGGCUGAAGGCGAACAAAGACAUGGCCUUGGUCACGGCAUGGGACAUGGGGAUGGAUACACGGUACACAACCAUGAGAUAGACAAUAUUCAUGUAGGCUCACAUCACGUAGUUGACACAGAGCCGGCCAUCCACCAUUUCCCACACCAUGGCGGACAUCACGGCGGACAUCAUGGAGGACAUCAUGACGGUGGUCACCAUGGUUUUGGACACGGCGGUCACCAUGGUUUGGGACACGGCGGUAAUCAUGCUUUUGGUGGACAUGGCGGACAUGUUGGGUAUGGCGGACAUGGCGAUCAUGGUUAUGGUCAUGGUUAUGGACACGGUCACGGACAUGGCCAUUCUAUGCAUGUUCUUCCUAUAUUUCAUGGCAAUGGUCACCAUGGCGGUCACCAAGGCGGUCACCAUGGCGGUCAUGGCAACGGACAUGGUGGUCAUUUAGGUGGACACCAUGGUGGACACGGAUUAGGCUUUGGCGGACACAAUGGUGCCCAUAUUGAGGAAUCCGAAAAUACUGUUGAAGAACAGCAAGAAACAGUAGAAGUCUAGAGGCUCAAUGAUUGAAAGCAGUCUUGGACAAGCUGGCGAACAAGAGCCAAAUUACAAAACGCUGUCCAUCAUAGAUUGAGUAAAAUCAAGCAAGUUUUCUCCUGCACUGUGUUCCAAGUAAGCAAACAGUGAGCCAAUAAAAAGCAAUUUUAAAGUGCAAACAUAACCAUGUAAAAUCAAGGAAUUAAUCGACACAAAUUAGAUAUAAUAUGCAUCGUAUAAUCUUUGUUGACAGAUCUUUGCAUAAUUGUUUUUUUUUAAAUCAAUUCACUGCAUUACAAGCUGGAUAUCUUUCUCUCUAUUUUCAGCUUCAUAGGCAAAGUAAAGUCAUAAAAAUUUUAAAAAGUCUUUGCAAUUUUAACUUUAACUUAAUCUUCGAAUAAUCCUUAAAGAAAUAUAGUUCUCUGGUUAGAAGCAGGUUUGUCGUUAGUUUGGAAGUAGCGUAGGUUGAAUGCUAUCGUCAAGAUACAUCGGUGUAUUUUUCUAUAGUUUUGUCAUAAGUUGACAAUUCUCAUAGAAAUUUGCUUGAGGUCAAACUGAUGUAACGCUUUCUUAAAUGCUAAUCUUUAUUGCCAAAUAAAUUGAAUACAAAUUACUGAAAAAGCUUUGUUGGUUUCUAUAAGCAUUAUACUUUGCUGUCAGUUUCCUAUAAUGAUUUUGCCGAAAAAUUAAGUCUAAAAGUGUUUCAGUAUUCAUAAAGUCUUUAAAAUCAUUCAUGUAGAUAUCUUCAGUGUUAUGCCGAGAAAUAGCCCCUUUAUUUCUUAAAAGUCUUUUAGUUUUUGAAAGAUUUCAUGCAAAGAUGACAAAUUGUACUAUAGAUGCUGUUCUUUGGAUCAGAAUUGUCCGUUUGGUUA